ACUGAGCUCUUUUUCCCCCCCUCUCUUCAGAAUAAGCAAGGCAUACUAUACACUCAGCAUCUGAGAUCUAAAUUCGGCAAGAACAAACACGCUUUGGAAUUUUAUUUCUGAAUUUCUAAGCAGCCUGCUUUCUGCCCUGGGGUUAGCACGCAGGCAAGUGGAAAAGCUUGUUUUAUGGGAAGGCGGCAGUGAAAGAAGUGGAAACUCCUACGUCUUACAGAGACCAGGAAAUCUUUUCAAAAGGAACCUCAGUUACACAUUGUCAGUUAAACAACUUUGGAAAGUCUGCAUUUAAAGUACUUCUCUAUUUUUUGACAUGCAGUUGAACAUAAAGCAUCAAGUUCUGUAUCAACUUCAUUAACACCUGGGAAAACAAGAUCGUGGAAUUAAAUGCAAGGAUGACCUCAUCUGUUGCUUAUAAGACUAUCCUUAUUAUCGCCCAGGACUGGAUGUGUAACUAUUGUGGCAUUUAGAAGAAAAGAAUGAUCUCCUGGUGAUUCCCAGGGCAGUACCUUCCUACUGCAACGUUCAUGUUCCACCCUGGAAGUUUUAAAGUAAAAUGGAAAACUUGUGAAAUCACUCAGACCAAAUUCAUCUGCAAGCUACCCAGAGAUUUUAAAGCAGUUACAGCAGAAGGGCUGCUAACGAAAGGAAUUCAGCACUGUAAAUUUAAAAUUGCCCUUAUAAUGGUAAGCUCUAAUUGUUCCAAUGAGGACUCCUUUAAGUAUACUUUAUAUGGAUAUACCUUUAGCCUGGUGUUUGUCCUUGGUCUAAUAGCAAAUUGCGUUGCUAUAUACAUUUUUACAUUCACAUUAAAACUGCGAAAUGAAACAACUACUUACAUGCUUAAUUUAGCAAUAUCUGAUCUACUUUUUGUAUUUACAUUACCCUUCAGGAUUUAUUACUUUACAGUAAGAAACUGGCCAUUUGGAGAUAUAUUUUGCAAGAUUUCUGUCACAAUGUUUUAUACAAACAUGUAUGGAAGCAUUUUCUUCUUGACUUGUAUAAGUGUUGAUCGCUUUUUAGCCAUAGUGCACCCAUUUUGGUCUAAGACUCUUAGAACCAAAAGAAAUGCAAAAAUUGUCUGUGUUGCAGUAUGGAUAACUGUACUAGCAGGAAGCAUGCCAGCAAGCUUUUUUCAGUCUACCACCACCCGAAAUGACACUAGAGGUGAACAAAACACCUGUUUUGAAAACUUUCCGGAUGCCACAUGGAAAACCUAUAUAUCAAGGAUUGUUAUCUUCAUUGAAAUUGUGGGAUUUUUUAUUCCACUGAUCUUAAAUGUGACCUGUUCUACGAUGGUUUUAAGGACUUUGAAUAAACCAGUUACAUUAAGUCAGAACAAGUUAAGCAAAAAAAAGGUACUCAAAAUGAUUUUUGUCCAUUUGGUGAUAUUCUGUUUCUGUUUUGUGCCAUAUAACUUUACCCUAAUACUUUAUUCUCUUAUGAGAACACAAAUAUGGAUUAAUUGUUCAUUAGUAACUGCUGUCAGGACUAUGUAUCCUAUCACUCUAUGCAUUGCAGUUUCAAAUUGUUGUUUUGACCCUAUAAUAUACUAUUUUACAUCAGACACUAUUCAAAACUCAAUAAAAAAGAACAGAUCAGCUAGAACACACAAUUCCAGAUUCUCUGAAAUUCACAUUACUGAAAAUUUUAUUCAACACAGCCUCCACACUUUAAGCACUAAAAUAUCUGGCAAUGAAUCUACAAUAUAAACUGAAAGAAAAUACUGGGACUGAAAUGCACCUUUCUUCAGCUUUUAAAAUGUUUUAAAAAAAUAGGAAAAAGUUAAGUGUCACUUGUAAACAUACUUUAUAGAAAAAUGUAAUUACUGCAAGAAUUACAAAUAUUUUAAGUUGUCAAAGUUUUAUCUCUUCUGCCUUUAUGUCACAGAUUCCAUGACCUGUUAUAUAGUCCCUGCUGUGUCUCCUUACAAUUUUGAACCACACAAAAACAAACUGAUAUUUGGAAACCUAAGCUGAUACUAACACGGCCCAAAAGUGUUUUACAAUUCAACAUAUUAUGAAGUUAGAAGACUAGGUCUUCUCAUUGUUUGUGUUAACAGGUUAAAACAAUUUAAAUUGAAAAAUUAAAUUGUGAAGACAUUUUAGGCUGCAACUAUUUUGUUUACGUGCUAAUUUCUUAAUGUCUGGAUUUUUCAAAGCAUUGAUCAAGUUAUUGCAACUCUGGUGUCAGUUCCACAGGUUCCACACCCACCAUCUUUCGUAGUAUUUGUUUACAAAAGUUAAGCUACUCCUUUGUAAAAAUAAAUUUACAGAUGGAUUAAAAAGUAUGUAAAGUUACUGAAACAAGAUGUCAGUUAUUUAAAUUCUGCUGACAAAACAAACUCAAAGCUGUUUCUAAGAAACUACAGCAAAUAAAAUUAAAACAAAAAGAUUAAAAUCUUUAAAUAAGUAUUCUGUUUGGGUUGU